CGCAGCGUCCACAAAAAUCGUGUAACUUCCUUCCAGUAGCGACUUUGAUAAAGCUGACGCCUUUAAUUCUUCAUAUGGAAACACGGUUGGAGAUUUUGUUUUCUUGGGACAAACCAGACACGUGCUAGUGAGCGGAGCGAUGUUCUCCGUGAGCCGGAGAAGGUAAAAUUAAAAAAAGUCCGCGAAAAAUCCGGAGAGGGAGAGGGGGGAUUCCCAGAGAGGAAAUCCCCGGCGCGGUGGAUUCUGAAAUGACACGGAGGCGACGGGAUGGAAGGUAUUCAGUGGCUGCUCAGGAACAAUCUUCCCAUUCACUGCCUGUGUCAAUUCUUCAAUCAGGCUCCUAGAACCAGUAUUUAGCCACAAGGGUUUUAUUUAUUAUUUUAACAAGAUAAAGAUCGAGGGUUUGGUUACUUUUUUUUCUCUAGACAUUUGUUACUUCUGUAAAAUGUAUCAAGAUUUAGAUACUUUUUGGUUCAGUGUAUUAACAGGCAACAUUCCAUUUAUUUUGAUAGUUUAACCAUGUCUUAAUCGGAGACAUUCGUUGCUCGACUUUUAACAGGCAUUUUUGUUUCGCUGCUUUUAUUUUAUUGGGGACCUUGGAUUUUUCUUUUGGCUUUGACUUCUGCCUGCACAAUGUCUGUCGAUAAUGACGGCGAGCACAGACUGAUGGCGAGUUUCGGGCAGUUCCAGGAGCUGGUGGAUAAGUUGCAGAAUGAGAACUGGUCGCUGAAGAGCAAGUUGAAGAGUUGUUCCACCGUCGGCACUUUCUACCACGAAGCCAGGCAGGAGGUGCGCCGCUUGGGCGAGCAACUGGCGCUGAAGGAGGCUCGGCUCCAGGAGUUACAAACCCGCCUGGCCGCUUACCAGAGCAGCUCCUUGUUCUUGGGCCGGGAUCCGCAGCCCGGCGUCGCGCCGUCGCUGCUGGACGGUCUGCUGCAGGAGAUCGACAGGGCCAAGAAGGAGCAGGCCGACUCGGCCCAGGACUGCCAGAGAGAGCAGGAGCGGCUCAAUCAGGAACUGCGUGAGGCUCAGCGGCUGCUGAGGGAGGAGCAGCAGCUGGUGGAGCAGAUGCUGGGCCGGUCUCCGUAUGAGAAGGAUGCUGAGAUAGUGGGCCUGCGGCGGGCGCUGCAGGAGCAGGAGCGGCAGCAGGCCAUGCGGGAGGUGUGGUGCCGAUCCCUGGCGGAGCAGAGCGAGCAGCUACAGCUGCGUCUGGCUGGCACGGCCAACAUGUGUCAGCAGCUGGCGCAGCAGCUGGAGCGGCAGAGAGAGCGGCCCAGUGACACGGAGCAAGCAGGGCCCACCGACAGGGUCACUGAGCUGCGACAAGGAGAUACAACCGAGACCGCCCUGUCGAGAGUUCAAGAAGAGAACAGCGUUCUGAAACAGAAAGUUACUUACGUGGAAGAUCUGAACACCAAGUGGCAGAAGUACGACAUCGGCCGUGAGGACCACGUGAAGAGGCUUCACCUGGAGCUGAAGGAGCUGAAGUCCCGGCUGGGGCAGCCGGCAGGGUUCGGAGCCCCCCAGGCCAGCGGGGACAUGCUGCAGCAGGAGAUUGCCAGGCUCAACGGCCUGCUGGAGGAGAAGCUGAAGGAGUGCCAGUGCCUGGCGGGCUGCAGGGACGGGCUGGACAAGGAGAGGACCGUCAGCCACCAGCUCCGCAAGCAACUGAACGACCUGCAGGCCGUCAGCAGGCUCGCCAGGGAGCGCGUGCAGAUGUUGGAACAACAGGUGUUGGUCUACAAGGAAGACUUCAGGUCGGAACGGGAAGACCGGGAGCGUGCCCAGAGCAGGAUUCAGGAGCUGGAGGAGGAACUGGCUCGAGUCGGGCUCCAGCUGCCGAGGAAACAGAAGCUCCAUGAGUCUGGUGCCAGUCACCAUGGCAACACCAGUGCUUGCCGGCUGGAGGUGGUCUCGGCGAGCCCCAUGUUGGGUAACGGAGCAGAAUGGUCAGCGCCGCACCUUGGGGAUAGCCCGUGCUCGCUGGACCCUUCCACCAGGAGCCCGGGGUCCGAGCCGAGGCCUCAGGGGCUCCUCCAGUGUCCCAAGUGCAUGAGGCUGUUCAACGACGAGGUCAGCGAGGAAUGCCUGAGGCACAUCGCCGAGUGCUGCCAGUGAACCUCCAUCGCCCCCAACACCCCCUCUCCCGCAAACCCUGGGCCACGGACCUUCCACCAGCCUUCUCCCAGGGGAACGCGGCAUGGGCUUCCCAUGGUGGGGGAGCAAGGACGCAAGUUGAAAUGUGUUUGAACCAGGCACUGGUGGGAACCUGCCCAGCAGAAGGGACCCGACACAAAACUUUGCCUCGCCAUGUUCUCCAGAGAUCUCAUUCACCUUGCACCAAACGUUUUAAACAGUCCAUUCAACCCAUCAAGUCCAUGCCGACUUUCAAUCACCCAUUCACCCAAGUUG